GGAUUAUUUAAAACAAUCAUGCAAUUAUCAUAGCUUGGUAGCAUCUGUCGGCGACAAGAUAAGCUUAGAUUACGAAAUGUCAAAAUUCACAAAGCCAAUAAGUUUGAGUGGAACACUGAGUUGUGAUGAAAAUAAAGGAUCUGAUUUUGAAGAGUGUGACGUUAAGGUUAUCGGUUUUCAAGAUAAAAGACCCGUUAUCUUGAAUACAAUAACUGAAAGGGUUACAGAUGGACGAUAUACUGGGAAAAUGGAAGGUUGUGAUGGGGCUGCUUUGGUUGCAAUAAAACGUGGUAUGGAAGAAAACGAACAUUUUACAGAAACAUUACUAAACGAACUAGAUUUGUUUUAUGGAAAUCGAAUGCUGUGCAAGUUGUUAUUAUUUCAUCAAAGUAAAAACAAAAAUACUUUAGUUUUCAAAGCUGAAUGUUGCUUACUUAAAAAUGCAAGUGUCAUAAUUGCUAACAAUAAUCACCGCAGGUUAAUUUUCGAAUCAGGCAAUAUUUUACUACCUCCGCACCAAAGAAUUAGAAUUCGUCCAAGUGGUAGCAUAAGACUAAAACCUGGGAUACAAUUCCAUCCAUUUCUAUUCUUCAUGCAUGUUCCAAUAGAGAAUAAUACGGUAUUUUCUGUAGAAUUAGAAAAAGGAAUGGGCAGAUCAACGAAUGGUACUAUCGAAUUUUCAGCGGAUAACCAAAGAAGAGGAGAAAUUGCAAAGACAGAAUUCAGUUUAGAUUUUCUUACAAGUGGGAGUCUAACAGAAACUUUAAUACGAACAAACUCGACACUAAGUGAUGAUUUUCGAAGUGGUUCGGCUUGUUCCCGUGGGACAAACUUCACCGUUUGAUUCUAAUUUCGGACACAAAAAACGUUCAUCAAUGAAAAGGGUUGCCUUAAUGUAGUAUUGUGUUACCUUUU